AUGGCUGAUGCUAGUAAGCGAGGCGCCUUUUCUGAGUUCAUGUCAAAACACUCGCAUGUGUUCUAUUGCCUACGUUCGAGAUAACUCUGUAACCCGCAGUGAAACACUGACCAGGAACAUCCCUCGGCAAGGUCCAACAUUUUAACAUGUCCUCCAAAAAGAAGCGCACGCCAAAUGUUCAAAGCGACAGCUGGGUGGUCAUCACAGCAGACUCCGCCAUAGACGCACAGGGGAAGGACUGUGACCCAAGUUUUGUGAGACUACGGAAUCCUGCAACAGAUGCUGCCUCUCUGUACUUGCUAGGUGGUGGCGAUGGCGUGCUGCAGCUUUAUGAGGUCAAAACGUUUGAAGAGGAGUUCCGCUCCUGGUUUGUUGGCCAGACAGUACAGAGAGAUGGGAGACUUCUUUUUGUUACACCGAUGGAUCCACUGUACCUUAUUUUACCCUAUUUGAUCAAAUCUGGAAAAGAAGGUAAGUUCCAGCCUGUGGCGCAAAUGGUGAUGGAUGAAGACUUUCCUGCAUGCACCAAGCUGCUGAGCUGCUCACGCUCUCAAGCCUCCAUGCAUCACAUUGCAGAUGAAAAAGAGGUAGGAAGUCUUAAGUUUCACCGAUACAGUCAGGAAAAAACCAUGACUUGGUUAAAGAAAAAGGUGGAAAAAACGGUCCCGAUGCUGAAGAAUAGGAACAUCUCUGUGGGGGGUGCCAUUAAAUCCACCACAUACGUUCGAGUAAAGGCCGAGUCGGACUCGAGCAAUGAGGACUACCUCCGCUAUGCACAUGGCCUAAUAUCAGAGUACCUCAGUGAAGAACUGAGUAAAGACCUCCUCCGUCACCUGCAGUUACCAGAGAUCACAAGUCCAAAGAAAACUGAGCCACCUUCAAAGAAGCGCAAACUGUCCGACAAGCCAGUGGAGGCAGGAGAGGACUACACCAAAUUCAACAAUGAAGACUUUGUGCGCAAACCACCAAAGAAGAUGACGGCAGCUCAGAAAAGUCUGGCAAAGGUGGACAAGACUGGGAUGAAGACGAUGUCGUCCUUCUUCAGCCCUAAAGUCAAAAAAUAAUGGUUGGUUGCCGUCUUCAUGUUUUGUACACGUCACUUUUGUAAUAAAGGAAACAAAAUGUUUACUGUCUUUACCUGGA